AUGUCAUUUAAUGAAUUAGGUGUAGCCAAAUGGUUAAGUGAAGCACUUGAUGCUAUGAAAAUUUAUAAACCUACAUCUAUUCAAUCAGCUUGUAUUCCACAAAUUUUAAAAGGACAUGAUUGUAUUGGAGGUGCUAAAACAGGUAGUGGUAAAACCAUUGCAUUUGCAGCACCAAUGUUAACUCAAUGGUCAGAAGAUCCAUAUGGUGUAUUUGGAUUAGUCUUAACACCUACCCGUGAAUUAGCAUUACAAAUUGCUGAACAAUUUACUGCUUUGGGAUCAAAUAUGAAUAUUAAAGUUAGUGUUAUUGUAGGUGGUGAAGAUAUUGUUAAACAAGCUUUGGAAUUACAGAAGAAACCACAUUUUGUUAUUGCAACUCCCGGUAGAUUGGCAGAUCAUAUUUUAAACAGUGGGGAAGAAACCAUUAGUGGAUUAAGAAGAGUUAAAUAUUUAGUAUUGGAUGAAGCAGAUAGAUUAUUGAGUAAUAGUUUUGGAAGUGAUUUAAAACGAUGUUUUGAUGUUUUACCACCAAGUGAAAAGAGACAAACUUUAUUAUUUACAGCAACAAUUACUGAUGCUGUUCGUGCAUUAAAAGAAAAACCACAAACUGAAGGAAAACCACCAGUGUUUAUGCAUGAAGUUGAAACUGUUGAUAAAGUUGCCAUUCCAUCUACUUUGUCAAUCUCAUAUGUUUUUGUUCCUUCAUAUGUUAAAGAAGCCUAUUUGAAUAGUAUUUUGAAUCUUGAAAAAUUUAAAGAUGCUACUGCUGUGGUAUUUGUCAAUAGAACAAUAACCGCUGAAGUUUUACGUAGAACUUUACGAAAAUUGGAUUUCAGAGUUGCUUCAUUACAUUCAGAAAUGCCUCAAGCUGAAAGAACAAAUUCCUUACAUAGAUUCAAAGCUGGUGCUGCUAGAAUUUUGAUUGCUACUGAUGUUGCAUCUAGAGGGUUGGAUAUCCCAACUGUUGAAUUGGUAGUAAAUUUUGAUAUUCCUGCUGAUCCUGAUGAUUUCAUCCAUAGAGUUGGUAGAACUGCGAGAGCAGGUAGAAAAGGUGAUGCUGUGUCCAUUAUUGGUGAAAAAGAUAUCGAUAGAAUCCAAAGUAUUGAAGAAAGAAUUAAUAAAAAAAUGGAAUUACUUGAAGAUGUUGAUGAUGACAAAGUGAUUAAAGAUUCAUUGAAUGUAACCACUGCUGCCAAACGUGAAUCUAUGAUGGAAAUGGACAAAGAGAACUUUGGGGAACGUAAAAAGAUUAAUAGAAAGAAACAUGGACUAGAGUUGGAAAAGAAUAAACCAAGUAAAAAGAAGAAACAAAAGAAAGAAUAG